UGUUCACCUGCUUCACUCCAACAUUUCCCUUUUUGUUUUAAUCUUCAUGGACCUUUGUGCCUGUUGACACAUGGGAUCCCUGUGGAGCGCCUGGAUCGCUAGAUAAGGGGCUGCUGAAUCAUGAUCACUCCAGCAUUUGAACUGAGUCAAGAGCAACAUUUCCUCACCAUAACGGUCCACGUUCCCUACGCAAGAGCGUCAGAGUUUGACCUCUACAUCGAUGGAGAGGAUUUUAAAUUGUACGCCAAACCAUAUUUCCUGAGAUUGACCCUCCCGGGGAGGAUUGUGGAGGAUGGAAGAGAAAAGGCCUCUUUUGAUGUCGAUAAAGGACUCUUUACAAUCCGGAUCCCUAAAGAGACCCCAGGUCAGCAUUUUGAAGGGCUGGAUAUGCUGACUGCUCUUCUUGCACCAAAAGGAUCCCGAUCUGCCAAACCGUUGGUGGAGGAGAUGGAAGGAUGUGCUGUGACUGAGGAAGAGGAGGAGGAGGAAUUUGACUGGCAGAUUGAUCAGACCCCGUACGUCGUGACCACAGAGGAGGAAUUGAACUCUCUAUGUAAAUAUGGCUUUGGAAAUCAAAGAGCAGGCGUCUUCACCCGACUUCAGGAUGAACUGGGCGACGUCAUUGAUGUGAAGAGUCCAGACAACACCACCGCAGCUGAGCGGAGACAGAACCGUCUGGCUGCUGAACAGGCCAAGUUCGAUCCUGAUCAUUACCUUGCAGACUUGUUUGAAGAUGAUUACAUCCACCACCUUUUGAAAUACCAGCCAUGGUGGAUUGAAGCUAGAAAUGAAAGAGAGAAAAAGCUACGAACAUGUCUUGAACAGCAUACAGAGGAAGCAACAGUGACUUUUUCAGAAGAGGAAAAGGAGCAGCUGAGAAAAUUCACCAACAAAUCCUACCUGUUAGAUAAAAAAGCCUCUCAGCAAGUAUGGAUCAGCCUAGUUGAUAUAAUUCUGGCAUAUGCCUAUGAAGUCCGUGCCACUGAAGGAGAAACAAAUGUUGAAUCAGCGUGGAAUAUAAGGAAGUUGAGUGGAACGCUCAGCUGGCUGGAGUCAUACAACUCAAUUCAAAACGUCUUGGAGUCGUGUGGAAGACGAGUGCUGUGUUAUCCUCUGUACAGACACUUCAAACUUAUAGUGGCAGCAAUACAUGACACCAGUGUGAUAUUACAGCUGGGAAAAGCCUGCGUCCUGAAGUGCUUGUUGGCUAUUCACAGGAUUUUCCGAGAGAAUGACCCUGCCUACAUCCUUAAUGAUCUUUACAUUUCAGACUACUGUGUCUGGAUUCAAAAGGCCAAAUCCAAAAAAGUGGUUGCUCUCGCUGAGGUCCUCCUGAAAACCAAGCUCCGAAAGGCAGACCUAGGUUUUGAAUUGGAGGAGCUGGAAGCAGCAGCUCUGUUAGUACAGGAAGAAGAAAACCGACUAACAGCAGCUUGUCAAGUCUCCAGGCAAAGGCAGAGCUCUUCAGAGAGCGAGGAGGAGACGGGGGACUCUGGUGAAUCAAGCAGCUGUUCUUCAAGCGGGACAGACGAGUCCGAUUCAGAGAAGGGAGAUUCUCCAGGCAGAGCUAAAGACGUACAAAUCAAACAACCAAGCAUUGUGGAGCAAAAGGCUGGUCCUCCAGGAGCAACGAUCAUCCCUGUGGCAAAUCCUAGAGCUGAGCAGUUAGACUGUGCUGCAGAACUGCUAGCUGAUGAAAAUGCAGCUCUUUCAGAUUCCGCUGUGAAAAAGGUUCAAAGUGCCUCUUCGUCGAUAACCAGAAAACUAAUAGAAGAACUCGGGGUGCAAGUGCACUCAGUAGUGAAGAUCUCCGAGUGGUCUGAAGGGGCUGCUUCUGAAAGCUGUAACAUGCUGCAGGAUGAACAAGCAAAGCCUUCUGUAGAAAGCACAGAGCACACAGUGCCGGGACCAGCAGCAGCAGCUCAACAGGGGAAUUUCUUAGAGGUGUGUCCUAAGAGAAGCCCCUUGCUAAUCAUAGCAAACAGCCAUGAGGAUGUAGAAGAUUCUUAGAGUGUGACAUGAAUGCAGAGAGAGAUAAGAGACUUCAAGACUGGUGCCAGGAGGUCUUAACCCCUUCCUACUGCUUGCUUGCAAAGCAUGACUAACUAAUUAGCAGGAUUAACUUGAUGCAUAAUUAAAUUAACUUCCACCCAUA